AUGGCCGUCACCUUCCUUGCGCCGCCGCACAACCCCGGCCAUGGGAUCACCGCCGUGCGCAACAAACUGAGCAUGACAGAGCCGAGCCUCCACGCCGCCCAGUGGGGCAAUCCAUCUCAUCUUUCCAAGACCGGCCGCCCUUCCAAUUCGGAGCACAUCCGACUGCUGCGAUGGGCCCCCCCGGCCUCGACCGGUGCCCACCCCCCAGAAUCCCACCACUCCGGUCUGCAUAUUGGUGUUUCGGGCUUAUGA